UGCUGCAAACCAGCACUGGGCUGCUCUGGAUAGGUUGUCGCUCUGCAGGCUGCAGCACGCACACUUCGGCUGGACGGGGCUGUGGGCGCAGCUGUUGCUUUCUGAGAGCUUCAGGUUCUCCGACCUGCCUUCACUCGUUUGUGUCGCGAGCCAGACUGACUUUCAAUUUGCUUUGCCCCCUAUGUGUUGGAGAAUCAGUGGUGCUUGAUAGAAUUGACUUCACACAUGAGACACUUAAGUCACAGCUGCCAAGAAGUAUGAUUUGAGUGAAAUGUUAGAUUACACAGGUGUUUAGACUUACCUGUCCUAUGAGCUGCUUGCAGUUUUGAUAACUGAAGGGGCCAGGCCCUGAAGGGGAGGGAUAAGAACCGCAGAUCUUAGGGACUCUGAGAAGCCACUGCUGUGCAGUAUACCUUGGGAAGCAUUCAUGUGCUGGCAGCCCCAAAGGGAGCAGACACCAGGGACUUUGAUACCAUGCAGCAGAAGGCCCAGUUAUUUCUCCGAGCUUUCAAGUAUGGUAUUCCUCGCCUUGGGAAGUGCAUGCAGAAGCAGAAUUUGAAUCACUGUCCCUUCGCUGAUCACUAUUAUAAUAGAAUAAAAUUGAGAAAGUAUCACCUAAACGAGUGUCUGCAGAGUAAACCCAAGAUCUCAGAGUUAGCAAGAAACAUCCCAAGGCGGAGCUUCUCGCGUAAGGAUAAUCUGCCUAUUAAACAAGAAAACGAAAAAUCCCCUUCAGAAAAUAUGGAUGCAUUUGAAAAAGUGAGAACAAAAUUAGAAACACAGCCACAAGAAGAAUACGAGAUCAUCAACGCAGAGGUUAAGCAUGGUGGUUUUGUAUAUUAUCAGGAAGGUUGCUGCUUGGUUCGUUCCAAAGAUGAAGAAGCAGACAAUGAGAAUUAUGAAGUUUUGUUCAAUUUGGAAGAACUUAAACUGGACCAGCCCUUCAUUGAUUGUAUCAGAGUUGCUCCAGAUGAGAAAUACGUGGCUGCCAAGAUAAGAACUGAGGAUUCUGAAGCAUCUACCUGUAUAGUUGUGAAGCUUAGCGAUCAACCUGUAAUGGAAGCUUCUUUCCCAAAUGUGUCCAGUUUUGAAUGGGUCAAGGAUGAAGAAGAUGAAGAUGUUUUAUUCUACACCUUCCAGAGGAAUCUUCGCUGUCAUGAUGUUUAUCGAGCAACUUUUGGUGAUAACAAACGUAAUGAACGUUUUUACACAGAAAAAGACCCAAGCUAUUUUGUUUUCCUAUAUCUUACAAAAGACAGUCGUUUCCUCACCAUAAAUAUUAUGAACAAGACCACUUCUGAAGUGUGGCUGAUAGAUGGCCUGAGCCCUUGGGACCCACCAGUACUUAUCCAGAAGCGAAUUCAUGGGGUUCUUUACUAUGUUGAACACAGAGAUGAUGAAUUGUACAUUCUCACUAAUGUAGGAGAGCCUACAGAAUUCAAGCUAAUGAGAACAGCAGCUGAUACCCCUGCUAUUAUGAACUGGGAUUUAUUUUUCACAAUGAAGAGAAAUACCAAAGUGGUGGACUUGGACAUGUUUAAGGAUCACUGUGUUCUUUUCCUGAAGCACAGCAACCUACUGUACGUUAACGUGAUUGGUCUGGCUGAUGAUUCAGUUCGGUCUCUAAAGCUCCCUCCUUGGGCCUGUGGAUUCAUCAUGGAUACAAAUUCUGAUCCAAAGAACUGCCCCUUUCAGCUUUGCUCUCCAAUACGUCCCCCAAAAUAUUAUACGUAUAAGUUUGCAGAAGGCAAACUGUUUGAGGAAACUGGACAUGAAGACCCCAUCACAAAGACUAGUCGUGUUUUACGUCUAGAGGCCAAAAGCAAGGAUGGAAAAUUAGUGCCAAUGACUGUUUUCCACAAAACAGACUCCGAGGAUUUGCAGCAGAAACCUCUCUUGGUUCAUGUGUAUGGAGCUUAUGGGAUGGAUUUGAAAAUGAAUUUCAGACCUGAGAGGCGGGUUUUGGUGGAUGACGGAUGGAUAUUAGCCUACUGCCAUGUUCGGGGUGGUGGUGAGCUAGGCCUCCAGUGGCAUGCUGAUGGCCGCCUAACUAAAAAGCUCAAUGGCCUGGCUGACUUAGAGGCUUGCAUUAAGACGCUUCAUAGCCAAGGCUUUUCUCAGCCAAGCCUAACAACCUUGACUGCUUUCAGUGCUGGAGGGGUGCUUGUGGGAGCAUUGUGCAAUUCUGAUCCGGAGCUCCUCAGAGCUGUGACUUUGGAGGCACCUUUCAUGGAUGUUCUCAACACCAUGAUGGACACCACACUUCCUCUGACAUUAGAAGAAUUAGAAGAAUGGGGCAAUCCUUCAUCUGAUGAAAAACAUAAGAACUACAUAAAACGUUACUGUCCCUAUCAAAAUAUUAAGCCUCAGCAUUAUCCUUCAAUUCACAUCACAGCUUAUGAAAAUGACGAGCGUGUACCUCUGAAAGGAAUCAUAAACUACACCGAGAAGCUCAAGGAAGCUGUCGCGGAGCACGCCAAGGACAUGGGUGAAGGCUAUCAGGCCCCGAAUAUUAUUUUAGAUAUUCAGCCUGGAGGCAAUCAUGUGAUUGAGGAUUCUCACAAAAAGGUAUGUUACCGAGUUCCCCCGGCUGAGGCGUCCCAGGUAGAGCUGUGUUGUAUUUACAUUUUCACAGGGUUCUGUGGCCGAGACCCAGGAGGGAGGAGAGGGACACUAAAUCAGUCCAGAGAAAAGGCACUCUCAUAUUUGGUCAUGAGCUCUCUGUUAAAGAAAGUGUGUGGCUGAAUCUUAAUUGUUAGAGCCUUUUCACGCUGCCCUAAAUAAAAUACUCUUAUAAAUUGCUGGCUUUGGGGUUAGGUGAAUUUGGGAAGAAGAAAAACUUGAAUGCUGGAGUUUUACCACAAAACCAUUCUAAUUUUUUAAAUGUUUCUUUUAGAUUACAGCCCAAAUUAAAUUCCUGUAUGAGGAACUUGGACUUGACAGCACCCGUGUUUUCGAGGAUCUUAAGAAAUACCUAAAAUUCUGAAAUGCCACAUUCAGUUGGAGGUUGAAAACACACUGAAAUAUUUUAUAGUCUUAUUUCCACUUAGAUUAGCAAAAGUGAGAUUUUUUUUUCAGUUAUUAAAUAAUUUUUAAAAACUUGCUUCUCCAUCCGGAUUUUGCUUAGUCUGGUCUCACUGGCUUAUCCUGUGCUCUCCAUUGAUGCACAUUGAUGUCACUCAACCUAGGCAGGUUCACCCAUGCUCCUCAGAAGCAUGGAGAAGGAGGCGAGGAAAGGGUUGGGGACAAGCCCACCCCUGGGCCUCCCUUCCAAUCGGAAUGUCUUUGUUUUGUGCCUAUUUUACUAGGAUUUUCUUUGACGUUUACAAAUCAAUGUCGUGCCUUUGUGCCCGUGAGCAUUUUUAGAUACUGUGGCAGUGAGUCAUUCUCCAGUUUCCAUGACUGUAUUUUAAGGAAGAAGGUUCACAUUAAAAUUCAGUAGAGCUUUCAAAUAAUCUGGGGUCUUAAAGUGUUCUGUUCAUCACAUAUUGAUGCUAUUGAUAAAGUUACAAGUUUCUACAAUUAGUCAUUUCCUUUGAAACAUUUAUUAUUCUUUGAAAAGAUUUGGGAAGCUUUCCUAACAGUGUAACUGAAUCUACAGAAGCACCUAAUGGCCAUUCCCAGCGCUGCCCUAGCCGCACGCUGCUAAUGCUUACAGUGCUGCGGGUGCCGCGUCUCCGUCCUCUCAGCUGCCUAACAGGAGCUGUACAGUAUGUCUAAUGCGCUGGAGUAGCAUGCUCGACUGGAGAUGAAACAUCUGUCUCUGAAAGCUGUUUGGCGGUGAAGGAGGUUCUUCAUUUUGUGUUCAAGGAGGACUCCCUCUCCCCUCUCAAGAAAAAUGCCUCUCGUAUCAACCUGGCUGCCUGUGGAGGCAGAAUUGGUACUUAAUUUUAUGCUCAGUCUUACGGGGAGUCCUGAAAUCAUUUCCUGUAGAUUCAGCAGUGUUGAUUCUCCAAAAUUCAGAACCACAAUAAAGACUCUGUCUAUGCCAUCCAGCUCUCUUGUGUACACCAAAACGCGGCUAUCAUUCCUCAGAAGACAAAACCAGCCCCUGCUGAGCAGCAGUUCAUUGGCAUGAAGUAGACUUAAAGCUUGGUACAACUUCAAAGCUGAUGUGGGCUGGGUCUUUUGGACCUGUUUUUUAAAAAGAAUGUUUACAUAAAUGUUUGAUUUUAAGGAAUUUUUUAAAAUACUUUUUUACCUCCCAAAACUUGCUUCAGUUUUAUCCCUUAAAAUGCCAAACUGUAAGCAUUAAUCAGCAGGUAAGAGUUUGUACAUAAACUGAUAGAAAUGGCAAAUUUUCAGGUUUUCAACUUGUCUCGGAGUCAGUGCAGUACGCACAGUACUCUUACAUCGGAGAGCUACCGUAGAGACCAAAUUUGGCUCCAAUUUAGGAAGCCUAAAACAAGGAUUUUUGACUUGCCUAAAUAUAGUCACUCUUACACUGUAUCGUAACUGCCAAAUGACUGAGAGGAAAGCAGCUGCCAUGGUAGUGAACUCAGAACUUCGGGUGGAUUCAGAUUUAUCUGUUCUCUUUUUUAGAUUAUUUGUAGUUGCUAUUAUGCAAAGAUCAUGUAACUUCAGCAGAUGUAUAUUUCUUGGCAUACAUAAUGAUGAAAUGGAAAGUUAAAAAACACUGCCUAAAUUGUAGAUUUUCCUGUUUUUUUUCCAUGAAAGGUGGUUUGGCUUAUAUAAAAUAUACAUAAUUUAGUGUCAUUUUUUCUUGUUUUUUUGUUAAAUAUCUCAAGGGUUGUCCCAUUAUUACCUCAUCUCUAUAUAUGUUACCUUGAUAGCAGGAUAUACUCUCCUGAAUGGUUGUACCAUACUUCACCAUUCCCUUUCAUUGAAUAUUUGCAUUUCUAAUGUUCUUAUAUUUUUUAUUCUUUCUCCAUAUUUUGAAUUUAUCGAGGAUUGUCAGGCAAUUACUACAUCAAAGAAUAUGGACACAUGAUAAAUAAUGCCAAAUUAUUCUUCAUGAGAGCUGUUGCCAAAUCAGUGGUAAUGUUCAUUGCAUUGUACUCUUGCCAGCCAUGUUUUCUGGGGUUGGGGAGGUUGUCGUUGCUGCUGUUAUUGUUCUUUAGAGGUGGGUGCCUCAUGUGUGGUCUUUAGUAAAUAUCUAGUACAUGUCUGAAAAAAAUGUUUAUUCUGUUUAUCAGGUACAAUAGUAUUUCUCUCUCAUUGUCUGUAGCCUUAGAUAAUGCAUGAAAAGCACAUAGUUCAAUGCCACUCAGAAGUGCCCAGUAAGUAUUAGUUGUUAUAUUUGUCUACUUAAUUUGUCACUUUCUAGAAGUAUGUUGAAGUCUCCCUAUAAUUGUGGAUUUGUUGAUUUUGCAUUUCUCAGAGUACUUGUUUUAUAUAUUUUGAAGCUAUUGUUAAGUGCAUAAAGGAUUACUGAUUUUUAGUGAAAUGUUCUUUUUUCAAUUUUUGAAAAUUGCCUUUGUCUCAUAUAAUGCUUUUCAUAUUGAAUUCUAUUUUGUCUGCUAUUAAAUAUUUCCAAGCCUGCAUUUUGUAACUUUAUUUUUUGACUGGGAAUUGCAUGCAUACUGUAUAUAAGUCAGUUCCAAAAAGAAUAUAUACAAUAAACAGAUUUUCUCCAA